AUGAGUUCAAGCUCAUCGCGCUGUAUAAGACGGGAUGAGAUUGAGAAUGUGGAAUUGAUGAAGCCAGUUAUACGAGCAAUGUCGUUUGCCACAAAGGUACUUAAGGUUGAUGCUGAGUCUAUUCAUUUUUUGCCAGGACAAAGAGUACCGUAUAUAUCAGACAAGGAAACUGAAACGAAUAUAAAGCUGGCCUGUAAUGAGCUUUUAAGCACGAGCAAUGUUAUUGGAUUCCCUACGGAAACAGUAUAUGGACUAGGUGGUUCAGCGUUGUGUGACGAAUCGGUAAAAUCCAUAUAUAGGGCCAAGUCAAGACCAAUUGAUAAUCCUCUUAUUGUCCAUGUUUCAUCGAUAGGUCAGCUUGAAAGAAAACUACUACCAAAGGGUUACAAGAUUCCCAAGAUAUAUGACAAAUUGAUAGAAGCAUUCUGGCCUGGUCCGUUGACCAUACUACUUCCCAACUCCACAGCCACUGGCAAAUCACCGGUCUCGUCCUUUGUCACCGCUAAUCAAGAUACGUUUGCCGUGCGUAUGCCACAACACCCGGUUGCGCGUGCAUUAAUUGCCAUGAGUGAUUUGCCCUUGGCAGCGCCUUCUGCGAAUUCGUCAACCAAACCGAGUCCGACUUUGGCCCAGCAUGUAAUGCACGAUUUGAAUGGGAAGAUACCUAUUAUUUUAGAUGGUGGCCCAUCUAAUGUUGGUGUUGAAUCCACAGUGAUUGAUGGUUUAAGCGAUCCGCCAAUGUUAUUGCGGCCAGGAGGUGUAUCGCUUGAACAGUUGAAAAAAGUAGGCGGGAAAGAAUGGGAGAAUGUUGUUGUAGCAAAGAGAAAUGCUAAUGAAGAUGAAAAAGUCAAGACACCGGGGAUGAAGUAUAAGCAUUAUUCACCCGAGGCGAAAGUUGUGUUAUUUGUAAAUUGCGGUGACGGCGAGAGAGCCAUGAGGGAAUAUAUAGAAUUGAACUCAAUCGACACCCAUACCACUAAAAUUGCAUUAUUGAAAUCGAAGAAGUUUACCGAUUUAAAAGAGAUUUGCGUUGUUUGCGAGUUGGGUAAAAUAGGUGAGGAUAUCUCGCGUAACUUGUUUAAAUGUUUGAGACAAGUCGAUGAGGAGGAUAAGGUGGAUUUGAUUUUUGUUGAAGGUGUUGAUGAAAGUGAUGAGGGGUUGGCUAUAAUGAAUAGGUUGAACAAGGCUGCUAUGGAAGUAGUAAGGAAAAAUUUUGAUACUGUUGAGCAGAGCUCCACUAUCGAGCAGAGCUCCACUAUCGAGCAGAGCUCCACUAUCGAGCAGAGCGAGAUAGUGGAGAAACACUGA